UAUCGAUCCAUCUGUUGUACAGAGGCACAAGUAAGAUUUGUUUUGUUACAAGGGAGUAUCAUGAAGUGGCUUGGAAAUGGUAAUUGUUUGUCUUUCUAAAGUCCUCAUUUUAAUUUUUUGUAUUUGUUCCUUUUCUGGCAGAUUUUCUUCCCCUUAUGUGUUAUUGUUUAUUCAAGGAAACGGUGUUAUUUUGAUUGAAGAAUGGCAGAGCAGCUGAAGCUGAGAGUCAUCGUGGCAGAUGAUGAUUUUAGGAGACUUGACGUUCCAUCUGGGAUGCCAAGAACUUUGACUGAUCUUCAGAGCACAAUUCGCCAAGCAUUUGGAAUUGAAAGAGACUUUCGUAUUCAAUUCAUGGAUCCUGACUUCAACAAUGAGUUUAUGAACAUAACAUCAAUGCAAGACAUUCAAGACCGAAGUACAAUCAAACUUGUGUACAUGGCAAAUCUGGAUUCAAGUGCAUCUUUGUCAAAGCAGUAUCCCACAUGCAGUCUUGACUCCUCUGCAAGUCCAGAAAGUAUUCAAAGAAACUCCAGUCUCUCAUCGUCUUCAUCCAACUCAGACAGCACCAUAAUUCUACCACAGUCAGACAGUGAGCUGAGAUCAUGUGCAUGGCCUCGCGAGUUUACUAUUCCUCGAUUUUCAUUCAAUGUAGAGGUGCAACUUCAGCGUGGAAAUGAGACCUUCAGAGAAACUGGAACUCGGCUCAAGAUUACUCCAGGUGUUAAAUCUGACAUCUUAGAGAAGCUAGCUGAGGCGAUUUUUCAGUUUACUGCUUAUCCUCAAAAUUACCAAAUAGAUGAAGUUGCAGGGGCACUGAUCAAAAAAUUUCCUUGUCUGCGAGAGCCAUCUGCCACAGGUUACUAUGGCUGGAUGAUUAGCCUGAAAUAUAAGAUGGCUAAUUGCAGGACAAAGAUGCGCAACAUUGGCUGUCCUGAAGUGACUAUAAAUGCUUUGAAAAACAAAUCCAGUGAUGAUUGCCUCCCAGCCAAAAAUGUUAAGAAACCUAAAAAGGCUGAGGUCAAUUUUUGUCCAUUACACCCAGCUGGCGAAACGGAUGACAGUCUAGAAAACAUCAGGGUUGAGCUUUUGACCGACGUCAGACGAAGAAACAGUGCCUCAGAUGUAAGACAGAAGAUGUCAUGAACAUUUUCCUACCGUAGACAAGAGGUGGUGCAGGGAAGUCCAACUGCUGGGGAGUUUAAAGCUAGGUGGCCUGCACUUUUCCAGAUUAAUGAGGUAAAGGCAUGCUUUUUUUGCUGAGUGUUCUUGUCAGUAAUUCCUUAUGUUAUACAUUAAUUAAUCUGGGCCACUUGGAUUAAGACGAGUCCAAAUAUAGGCAUAAAGAGGCUGGCAUUUAUAGUUAUUGUGUCGUUAAAUGCUUGACCUGUGUACCAUACAGAGGAUUUAUGUGAGCAGCACUUAAAAUACAAGUUGUGUAUGAAAAACAUAAGUGACUUAAAGUGUAGAAACAUGAAUAAAAUUAAUUUU